GUCCUUAUGAAAUUAACAAUGCUAUGUACAAACGUUGCGUAUGAAACUGACUUGGAAGAAUUGAUUUUUUAUAGAUCAAUACCAUCACCAUCUCCGCGUUACAGCUAUGUAAAUUCUGAGAUUGUUUACAUUUUGGGAAAUACCUGCACUUUUUAUUCCUUUCAACGCUAAUCAAGAAAGCGAUGUAGUGAGAUAUAAAACUAACAUUAACAUCAGUGUCACAGAAAUCAAGAGGGAUGAGCAAGAAGGGAGAACUUGACAUGACCAUUCUGGACUCUCAGAAACCAGCAAAAUAUUACACAGAAGAAAAUCAAGCAAAUGAUGACAAGGAGAAGAUACUACACGAUGAACCAGAGGUACUGAGUAAACCACGUAUCUUCUUGCUCAAUCUCUCUUGGUAUGGGCUGAGUUUGAUGUUUCUUCUCUUAUCUGUGGAAGUUGUGCCAGCUCAAGUCCAUGCUUUGGUCGGAGAUGCUGCGAAAGGGCGUUGGUUAGGAGGAAUGAUUGCAGGUGGCGCAGCUGUAACGUUUUUCCUCAGUCCUUGUAUUGGUAUGGCCAGUGACAGACUAACGUUACAGAUUGGUAAAAGACGUCCAAUUAUGAUCUUUGGUACUACAGGUUUAUGUAUUGGUCUAAUUGGAAUGGCAUUGAGUGCAUCUCAUAUCAAAAUAUCUCGUGGCACAAACUCAACAUUAGUAAAUGGAACUUGUUACAGGGAUUUAGUGGAACACAGAUGUAAACCAUACUACAAUGGCACAACAAAUUUGCACACUCACCGCAUACAUAAUGGAAAUCCAAGUUCUUUGCUGGUAUCAGGGUCCGGAAAUGCUGUAGAUUUAGACCCAGAGCCACCUGGAGAUCUAGCAUUAUAUAUAAUUUUCUACUUACUGGUGACAGCCAUGUUUGCAACAAUAAACGUUCCUUACAAUGCACUGAUAGCUGACAAAUCAAAUUCAUCACAGAGAGGUUUUAAUUCUGGUGUAAUGGGUUGUAUGAUAUUGUUAGGUAAUGUUAGUGGAGCAGCCGUUGGGACGUGUUUUACAGAAAUUGGUGUUAUAGGAGCUUAUGCCACAGCCAUAUCAGUAGUUAUAAUCAGUGUAUGUGUAACUGUUUUUACCACAACAGAAAAUCCUGGAAAAGUAGUAAACGAACCAGUUGGUUGUAUUGCAAUAUUUUGUGGAUUUUGGCAGCCACUUAAAGAACAUGAUUUUAGAUGGGUUUUUAUUACAAGAUUUCUAAUGCAGCAAGGUGUAUCCACAGUUACAGGAUUUCUGGAGUAUUGGGUGUCAGAUAUGAUACAGUUGCCUUUUUGUUGGAAUGCUGCAAGGACAGUGGCUUUCAUUUUACUGCCUUUAUUGUUUUCAGCAUCCGUUGGAUCAGUUAUUAUGGGAGUUGUUUCAGACAGAAUUGGCAAACGAAAAAUAAUUGUGAUAAUAGCAGCUGUAAUGAUGAGUAUAAGCUGCACGGCCCUCACAUUUGUCAAUGGUGAAAACGCCUUUUGGAUGGCGUUUAUUAUAGCAUUUUUCUUUGGAAUGGGUUUGGGAACGUUCCAGUCGAUUGACUUUGCAUUAGUAAUGGACGUUUUACCUGAUGAAAAAGACAAAGCAAAAGACAUAGCAGUAUGGCACCAAGCUUUAGUCCUCCCAAAUGCCAUAGCAACACCAACUGGAGGAAUUAUUCUUGAUUAUUUUGAAAGUGUUGAUUGUACAUUAGGUUUAGGUUAUAUAAUUUUAUUUGCGGUGACUGCAUUUUACUUUUUGUUGAGUGCUAUUUUUGUCACAAAAAUUAAACGAGCAAAUUGAUGUUACGAAUACUUUUUAAAAUUAUGGAAAUUCUACUUAUAAAAUUCGUGAUUGUUGAAGAUUAUAACACAGCUGUUUCAAAAAAUUAUGCAAUUAUCAAUUACAAAACACGGAGAUGCAUAAAUUUGAAAGAGCAGAUAGAUAUGAUUUACAUUCCAUAGACAUUUUUAAUUGAGCACAUUUCUGAUAAAAAUAUCAAUACAUUUAUUUUCAUUAUUUUAUGGUUAAAACUUUUUGUUCACAUAAUUAAGAAAGAAUUAUGCAUUGGCUGAUAAGUGGACUGAGACAUCAAGGUUACAAUCAUCAUCAUCAACAGCAUCAUCAGCACCAUCAUGACUGAUUUCUUAAGAGUGAAAAAUAUUAAUCGAGUUGUCUUUUCAUUUUUUUAAAAAGAAUUAUGCUUUACAUAGUGCAAGUAAGACUUAUUUUAACGGUAUUAAGUAAGAAGACAUUUGAAGUAAAAGGUUAACAUUUUUUUAGUGAAAAUAUUCAUCAUGAUAUCAGAGCUGGUAUCAGUUGUCGAACAAAAGGCUUAGGUUUAUUUCCUAUUGAAAGGUUCUGGUAAACUCUUGUGAUGCAACUAUUGUAGUUUCAACUCUUAACAAAAGGAACCUGUAUAAUCAAUCUAUUCUAAAACAAAACAUUAUGAGUCGAUCAUGUGAUGUCUUAUAAUAUCAAAUAGCAUCAAGUGCAAGAUGUGGUUGAAUAUAAUUAUAAUCAUAAACAUUUUGUACAAUUUCAAAAAUGUCAAAAUGUGAUCCUGAAAACAUGUAAGAUUAGGUACACAUAUGAGUGUUUUAUCAGUAUGCAAAGUUCUGUUUGUCCAAGUACUCAUGGAACUAUACUUUUAAACCUUUGAGCCAAAAACAUACUUGGUCAGAAACUAACACAUGAUAAGAAAGACUCCAACUACUGAAGGUUUACAUACAUACACUUUAAGUGUAUUGUAAAAUUACAUUAUGUGAUAUUGUUAUUUUGUGUCUGUAUUUGUGAUACAUAUAUAUAUUUUUAUAGGUCACAAUGUAUAUAUCUAAAUAUAAACAUGAAACGAAGUUUUAUCUAUAGUAUUAAUUAGUGUGAAUCACUCAGGAUAUGAUUGUUGUAAAGUUUAAACGUUAUAAUAUCAGGUUAAAUUAUUAAAAAUAAAUGCAAAAAGAAAAUAUACAUAUUAUAUAAUUGAAAUUAUUUUUCCAAUGUAAAGUUAAGUCUAUAAGAUACAUGCACAUCAUAUUACUAUACUGUACUGACCUUUUUAACUUUUUGGGAUUCGAGCGUCACUGCAUGAUGAGUCUUUAAUUUGUAGACGAAAUGGGGGUCUGGUGUAAAUACAAAAUUUAUUUCUGGUAUCUAUGAUGAGUUUAUGAUCAACGAAUUGAACAUUGCAUUUCAUUGUUUUGUUUGCUUAUCAGCAGGAUCAGAAAGAAAAAUAGUAUUGUCUUUUUAAAAUUUUAUAAAAAAAACUUCACAUAUUCCUCCUUUCCCUCUAUGGUAAUAUCUGAUUGUGAUUACAAGAUAGCACAAAUCAGUACUUCUGAAUUUGAAUAUGUGCAACAUUUGGUAAUUUUAAGACUACUUUUUGAAAGGGCAAUAAUACUUAUUCAAUGUGAGAGCUUUGACUCUUCUUCCGAAUGAUUUUCUAUUUGACAUUUCUGGAAAUUUUUUGAUAAUUUAAAAAGUAAACUAAGGAAUUGUGAUUACGCAGCUCACGCAAGCUAAUUGGGUCAUUGAAAAAUCAAACAUACUUUUGUAUUAGCGAAAACGUUGCUACACUAAAAAAAUAUCGCUUGAAAUAAAAUUAAAAACAAAUCAUUUUAAGCUACACAUUGGAUAUUUAUUACUUAUACUAAGAUGCAUAUAUAAAAAAUCCUAACAUUCUUUAUUUAAGUCGAAUAAUAAUUUUCCUAUCAUCUUUUUGUCUGGCAACUUCACCAAGCAAUAGACAUUUUAUUUGUUCAUUUAUUUCCUGUUUCAUGACUUUCAUUUGGGUUACAUCUUAUCUUAUAGCGACUUUAUUUUCGAUUGUCACACAUCACACCUUAAUGAAAAUAUACCAACUAUAUAUUGCCUUAAAUAAGUAUACAGUUGAAAUUUACAGUUUUUAAAGUGGCAUCUAAAUUUAUUGUUACAAUAUAGUCUUACUGUUGAAUAUUGUUGAAUAUUUGUUUGUUAUUGAAUGUACAAAAUAAAAUCAUGCCAAUGGU